CUUUCAGAAGAAACGAAAAAAGUUUUAAAUUUGUAACAAAGUCUAUUCACCCCCCCUAGACUUUGUAUCUCACCACUUUGGGUCCACCAAUUGGUAUCAGAGCAACCGUCUCACUAUCUACAUGAUGGAAGCACACCUUUACGCUCUACAUGAUUGCAUGUGGAUGGUGCUUGAAGAUAGACCCUUGAAAAUCCAAAUGGAGAACCCUGAGAGGAAUCCAGCCAAUCCUGACGUUGUCCAGUACAUUCCAAAGCCCAAGGAGAAAUGGGAUGAUAGAGAUUGCAAGAAGCACAAUCUGGACAACGUCGCCAAAGCAACAAUCUUCAAGACACUUGAUCCCAUCACCUUCUCCAAGAUCAAGCAUCUCAAGACUGCCAUGGAGAUUUGGCAAGGUCUUGGGAAGCUGUGUGAGGGAUCGGAGGAUCUGAGAAAGCAGAAGAUACAGGUCCUACUUGAGAAGUUCAAAAGCUUCAAAAUGCUUCCCAGAGAAUCAUUUGAUAUGUUGGAUGAAAGAUUCCACAAAAUCUUAAAUGAUCUUGCAUCACUUAACCACGUCCUUUCUCCCAAAGAAAAGAAUGUAAGGUUACUGAGAUGUCUUCCAACUGAGUGGUACACCAAAGCCACAGCCAUGGAAGAAGGAAGAAACCUGGAGAACUACACUAUCCAAGGUCUCCUUGAUGAGCUCAGAACCUAUGAGCAUGAGCUGAUGAAGAAGAAGGAAGAACAAGUCACUCCCUUCCCCACGGCAUUGAUGACAACUCCCAAAGUCCCACCGAGUGAAGGGACAUGCCCAAGGAACUGUGACAUACCUUCCUCCAGCCAGCCGACAAGCUCAAAAAUGGAGAACUAUGAUGAGGAAUUUGCCAUGAUGGUAAAAAAAAUCCGAAAGUUCAAGAAGUUCUUCAAGAAAGCUGACUCAGUCAGAAGGCCAUCCAAGGGAAAGCCACAGGUAAGUGACUCUCCUCCUGAAUCUUAUUUGUGCUAUAACUGCUGGAAACCUGGUCAUUGGAAGUCAGCGUGCCCAUACCCAAAAGUGGAGAAGUAUGGAGAAAGAGAAAGGAACGAAAAGAAGAAGAAAGCAAUGGUUGCAGCUGAAAGUGACGAGUCAUCCAGCUCAAUCUCGGAUGAAGAAGCCCUCGUCUGCAUGGAGCGCAGAGCUGAGAAGUCCAACCAUGAGGAUCGGUGGACUAUGUCAGAAGAUGACACCCUCUGCCUAAUGGCCAAAGAUGAUGUUGAUCAAGAGGAAGCCGCUAAGUACCCAGGUGUCUGGUACUUAGACAGUGGCUGUUCAAGACACAUGACGGGUGAUGCGAGUCUUUUGAGCAAUCUAAUUCCCUAUGAUGGUCCAAGAGUUACUUUUAGAGGAAGCAAUGAUUUUGGUCUUACUAAGGGUCUAGGAAAUCUAGUGUACAAAGGACUAAUCAUCCAAGCUGUAUCUUAUGUUGAAGGUCUCAACUAUAACCUUCUUAGCAUAAGUCAGUUUUGUGAUAAAGGUUAUUCCUUGGAAUUCUGCAAAGACAUGGCAUCCCUCAAGAACAUCUCCACAAAUGAAGUCAUUCUUACUGGGAAGAGAAUCAGAAACAUCUAUGAAGUAAUGUGGGAUGAUGUCAAGGAAGCUUGUCUAAUCAGCAAAGGUGACACUAACCUUCUAUGGCUUUGGCAUAAGAGGAUGAGUCAUCUCAACUUCAAAACUCUCAACAAGCUGUCCAAAGAAGGGUUAGUAGUUGAUGAUUACUCCAAAGAAAAGCAUUUGUAAUGCUUUCCAGAAAGGAAAGCAAGUCAAGUCCACUUUCAAGGCAAAACUGGCACCCUCAACUACAAGGAUAUUAAGUCUUGUAGUUAAUGAUUACUCAAGAUACACGUGGACAAUCUUCCUCAACAGAAAGAAGGAAACUCAAGGGAAGCUCACAAACUGCAUGAAGCUGAUUCAAAAUCAAGCAAGUCAGACCAU